GAAGGCCACUUGUUGCUUUUGUCCGAUAAUUUCGGUAAAUUUCUACUGUGAUUGUGAAACCCAUUAAGCUCUAGAGCUCGCCAUCGGCCUCCAUCCUCCGCAAUUGGCGCAGGGAAAAAGGCACAGACAGAAAGUGGAGUGGCUGUGAACUGUGCAGCAGUUCUUGAUUUUGUGUGUGUAUAUAUAUAUAGCAAAGUUUUAUGAUCUUUGGUUCAAAGCUGAGCUUGACCCGAGUCAAGAUUUAGCGGAAUUCGAUCUGGGUGGGUCUUGGUUUGGUCCGGAAGACGGUACAAUGGUGGUGGGCAUGUGACGCGUCUCAUGGGGUGUGUGGCGUCGAAGCAGGCGGUGUCGGUGACUCCGGCGGUUGACCAUUCGGGAGUUCUCCGGGAUGACGUGGGGUCGGGUCGUAGCCGGGUCACGAGCGGCGGAUUGGGGCUGGGGCUGGAGUUUGAUUUGAAGAAGGUGAAGAAGCGAGCCGACUCGGUGCUGAGUGCGGGGAGCGAGUUGGGCGAGUCGGGGCGGACGAGUUCCAAUGGGUGUGGUAGCGAGUCCGUGAGCUUCAGGCUUGGGAAUUUGCACAAGUAUGUGGAAGGCGAGCAAGUGGCCGCCGGUUGGCCGGCCUGGCUCAGUGCGGUUGCCGGAGAAGCUAUUCAAGGCUGGGUCCCACUCAGAACCGAGUCUUUCGAGAAGCUCGAGAAGAUUGGUCAAGGUACAUAUAGCACUGUAUUCCGGGCUCGUGAUCUAGACAGUGGGAGGAUAGUUGCACUAAAGAAGGUGCGAUUUGAUAAUUUUGAACCAGAGAGUGUUCGAUUUAUGGCUAGAGAAAUCAUGAUUCUUCGCAAGCUUGACCACCCAAACAUCAUGAAAUUGGAAGGGAUAAUUACUUCACGGUUAUCCUGUAGCAUAUAUCUCGUGUUCGAGUACAUGGAACAUGAUGUUUCGGGACUCUUGUCUAGCCCCGAAGUCAAGUUCAGUGAAUCACAGGUGAAAUGCUACAUGAAACAAUUGUUAUCUGGACUUGAGCACUGUCAUUCUCGUGGCAUAAUGCAUCGAGAUAUCAAAGGAGCCAAUCUUUUGGUAAACAAUGAUGGCAUCUUAAAGAUUGGUGAUUUUGGAUUGGCUAACUACUAUAACCAUGGCAACAGGCAUCCAUUAACCAGUCGAGUUGUCACAUUAUGGUAUCGUCCUCCCGAGCUUUUGUUAGGUUCCACAGAUUAUGGAGCUUCUGUUGAUAUCUGGAGUGUUGGAUGCGUAUUUGGUGAACUUCUUACCGGUAAACCAAUCCUUCAGGGGAGAACCGAGGUUGAACAGCUGCACAAAAUUUUCAAACUUUGUGGAUCUCCGCCAGAUGACUACUGGAAGAAAUCUAAACUUCCUCACGCAACUCUUUUCAAACCGCAACAUCCUUAUGAAAGCUGCCUUUGGGAGACCUUCAAAGAUCUACCUAAGACAGCUGUCUCGUUGAUCGAAUCUUUUCUUACCGUGGAACCAAAUAAGCGUCAGAAUGCCACUUCUGCACUCGGAUCUGAGUAUUUCAAGACAAAGCCUUAUGCUUGUGAUCCUUCGAGCUUGCCCAAGUAUACGCCAUGCAAAGAAAUUGAUGCUAAACAUCGCGAGGAAGCUAGAAGGAAGAGACCUAGUGGAAGGGCACGUGGACCAGAGACCACGAGAAAGCCAACUAGAAAACAAAAUGGAAUCAAUAAACUGGCACCGGAGGAGAACCUAACUGUUCAAACUCAAGGUGCCCAAAGAAGUAAAGCGAGUAGUCUAUGUAGUCUGCAGCAGCCUAAGCCAUCGAUUGAUGUGAUGGAAGAGGCAUCUCGUGCAAAGAAUUCAUCCGAAGCCGAUGUCCCCUUUUCAGGUCCAUUGCAGGUGUCUGGAUCGAGUGGCUUCUCGUGGGCCAAAAGACGGUCUAAUGAUUCAUCGGUGAGAUCAAGGAGUAGGUCUAGUUCGAGAAGCCUCGUAUUUGAACCUUCCAUUGGAUUACCAACGAGGAGUAACUUGGAGUCGAAAAGGCAAGAAAAUGGAAGCCGAGCCAAUUCUAAGGGCCAGAAUUCCUAUGAAAAUGCCAAGCGAGCUGCUGCGAUUGAACAUUGGAGUCAAUUAGAACGUCCAGAUUCCUUUGACGCUUCUGAUAGCUAUCAUUCGCAAGACCUUUCACUAGCGCUCUACUUGAAAGAAGAAAUGGCUCUCAAGAGAAUGAAUGUGGUUCAAGAUCACGGUGAGAUGGUUGAAUUUUCAGGACCUUUGCUAUCUCAAUCACAUAGAGUCGAUGAGCUAUUGGAAAAACAUGAGCGUCAUAUCCGCCAAGCAGUUCGUCGAUCAUGGUUCCAGAGAGUUAGGAGAAACGGGAAGUAGUUACACGGUUCAUUAACAUCACUUGGCAUACGAGAAUGGCUAAUCAACGAGGGGAGGAAAUGUGAGCCUCAGCUUUGUGUUAGAGUGCACAAAGUUGGCGAUACCCAAAAGGAAGCCGACAUCUCCAUGAGCUCAAGUAUGAGAAACUCUGCAGGAGCCGGUUCUGCUUUAUUCUUUCUGAUCUUCAAGAAAAAGUGAUUAUGAUUACUGAUUAAAUCUUCAUUUCAACUUUUUUUUCUUCAUUUACACUUGACGUUUUCAUCAUCAUCUCCAUCCUCACCACUGUAUAGCUUUACUUGAAUGGACUUUCUGAAAGAAGAUAGAUUGACAACAUUGUAAGACUGAAAGUCUGUACUUUAUGUUGAAAACUGUUAUAACCGCAAUCUAAUAAUAGAAAGGAGAGGUUGGUGGAGGUAGCUGGAUAACCAAGAGUAUAAAAAAAGAAAAGAAAGCAAUAAGAGAAAAGGUAAUGGAUACUCUUUUCAUUUUUGAA